CUAACCUAGCUUAGCAGCUCAGAGGCCAUAUUCACAAAUAGCGGACAUUGGUCAUUGGUUGGUGAAGAACGGGAAACUAACACGCAGAAUCAUGUCUCGAUCCGCUCGCCUUGGUUGGUCGAUUCUUAGAGGGACUCGGGUGGGCGUGCCAGCCAAGCAGCCGCGAUUAUUCCACACAGCUGCGGUUUGGCGUGGGGCCUUGGAGGGGAAACCCGUGACCCGCUCGCCCGAAGAAACCACCAAGUGGGCCCAGGACAAGAUUAAUGAAGACUGGACCUCGUUUGGCUUCUAUCCUAAUGACCCGACAAUGGACUCAAUUAUGCGUCAUUUUGCCAGCUUCUCCGUGGCUUUGAUAUUUUGUGGCACCAUCUUCUGGUACAUCUACAUGCCCGACGUCUCACGUCGCGAUUGGGCUUUCCGAGAGGCUUACCUGGUAUUGCGUGAACGAGAAGCCCAAGGACUGCUUCCCAUUAGUCCGGACUUCAUUGAUCCAGCCAAGGUGCCGUUGCCGAAUGAUGAAUACUUCACCGACGAGGAGAUUAUCAUUUGAAUACCGUUUAUUAAAUGUGUAGUGAUAAGUAUAUCGUGGACCCGAUCGUAUGGUCUUCCCUUUAAGCCAGGGGUGACAAUAAAGGCUCCCAUGAUCGCUAA